AUGUGUGGACUCCUUCUGGAUCACCAAGCAGAUAUCGAAUCAAGGGACCGGCGAGGACGGACCCCGCUAUGGUGGGCGGCGUACACGGGCAUGGACGAGAACUGCAGGCUACUUUUGGCUCGCGGCGCCAGUGCCCACUCAACGGAUGACGAUGGUUGCAGUGUGGCUUCUGCCGGUGCAAAGGGGUACGGGGACCAGGAGUCGAAGGAAUGCAUAGCUAGGCUGAUGCUCGGUUGUGGUGCGAGGCACAUUCCAGGCUUUGUGGCGGAAAAGGCAGGAUCGGGUGAGGAGUAA